AUGGAAAAGUUAGAGUGGUUAGUGGUGUUCGUGAAUUCCUUUACCUUCUGCAAUGCCAUCCUGGAACUGACUGGCACCCACAACAUUGAAGGGACAUGGAAGAGUUCCGUCACCUUGCCAUGUGUCUACAGGCCUUCCCAGGACUUUGUACAGCAAACAGUCAUUUGGACCUUGGACCGAGAUCAAAGCCCUGCUACCGUCUUUCGAAGAGAUAGCUCUGGCAAUCACAUCCUGUUGUCACAAUACAGAGGUAGGGUCAGCAUGCCAAAUAGCAUGCCAGGAGAUGUCUCUCUUGAAAUUGAGAAGCUUGAAGUCACAGACAGUGGACACUACACUUGCAAAGUCACCUGGAGAACCCAGAAUAAGAGCCUGCUAACAAGGGAGAGAACCACUACAGUUAAUGUUGUUAAAGUUGCAGUAACUAAACCCAUCAUCAGACCAGGCAAUCUGGGAUUCACUGUACCAAAAGGGGCUAGGACAAGCCUGACCUGCUCUGCCAAUGGGUCCCCACCCAUCACCUACCGAUGGUUCAAGGGAGAGCCAGGAGGAAACGCAGUGCGUGUGAGCAGUCACGCCAUACUUAUGUUUGAUUCUCUGCGAACAUCUGACAUGGGGAAAUAUUACUGUGAAGCAGAAAACAGAGCACGCUCACAAGUCAUACGGCAGAGUGAUGCAGUGCAGCUGACUGUGAGGGCCCUUACAAAGCCAGCAACCACGGUACCCUGCUCUGAGACCAAGGCGCACAACAUCGUCUCAGAAGGAGGUUACCAGGGGACCAGCCUGCCCCUCUAUCUCAUCAUCCUGAUCGUUGUGCUCUGUGUGGCUAUGGUGUUUGUUGUCAUUGCGGUCGUCUUGUGUAGGAGAAAGACCAAGAAGGAUAAUCCGAAUGAAGUAACAGAUCAUAACUCCAUGAACCUCACAAGAGGAGAGACUUGUUCAGGUGUCAAUGUCAAGUGCACGUAUGAGGAAGCAAAAUCUAGAGGUGAAAACAACUAUACAUCACAGCCUGUGAAAGAGAAUGAAUAUGAGACAAUUGGCACAAUGAAAAACGACUAUGCGACUCUUGUGAAAGCAACAGCAUCUGAAUAUGAACUGGGGGAUGUUCCAUAG